AUGAUGCUGCCUUAACCUGUGCUUGUCGGUAGCAACACCUAACAGCUCAACACUAUCAUGUUUGCUGUUGGGUAACUGGAUAAUAGCAAAAGGUGCUUUUCAUCAGCUAAGGAGCACUCGUGUCCCCCAAAGAGGGAACAUCAGAGACAUGGCAAGUGCACAGUCUGCCGUAACGUUUGCAGUGUGCAUCCUCAUGAUAACAGAGCUGAUACUUGCCAAGAAGGACUACUAUGAUAUACUGGGAGUGCCUAAAGAUGCUACUGAGCGACAGAUAAAAAAGGCUUUCCACAAGCUUGCAAUGAAAUAUCACCCAGAUAAGAACAAGAGCCCGGAUGCUGAAGUGAGAUUCAGGGAAAUUGCUGAAGCUUAUGAAACUUUAUCAGAUGAAGCCAAAAGAAGGGAAUAUGACCAGUUUGGGGGCUCCUCUGCAUACUUCACUGGGGAGACACAUGGCAGACAUAGACAGGGUGCUCACCAACCUUUCAGCUUCAACUUUGAUGACAUUUUCAAGGACUUUGACAUCUACAGCCAGAACAGGCAUGCUCGUCACCGAAGACACUUUGAUGAACACUCUCGGUCCCAAAAGGAGUCCCACAGCAGACACAAGAGACGCUUUCAUGGAGGUUUUGGAGCAGGUGUCUUUGAUGACAUGUUCGACGACAUAGAGAGAAUGUUCACCUUUGACGGACACACCAAACAGACUGAAAACAGAUUUCAUGGUGCAUCAAAACAACACUGUAGGACAGUGACACAGCGGAGAGGAAACAUGGUAACCACAUACACAGACUGUACUGCCUCCUAAGAUGCAAUGUAAAAUAAUCUCUGACUCAAAAUUGCCAUAAGGGGAUACAAUACUGUUGUAUUGAUUAGGUAACAGAAAGCCACUUAGUUCAAAUGUUGUGAAAUUUGAACAGUGACGUUGAGAUCUGACAUUCAGGCACAGAAUGACAGUGGUCACUCAGUUUACUUAGCUUAGGUCUAAAUUCAGAUAAGCUAUAUUUUGUUCAAGCUCUUUCCUGUGUGUGCUCAUGAACUUGUACAGAUUGUACGUAGUAGUUUUCCACUUACUGUUGAGGUAUUGAAAGGGAGUAUUUUGUCAGUAUUAUUAAGCACCUUCUUUGAUAGUGGAAGUAAAGUUUAGUUUGGAAAAAUAAAACAAUCAUACUGAGUUUGGCACAGGAAUACCCAUGUGUCAGUUCAGCACUACUUCACACCUUUUGUAUAGUUUUUGCUUUCUUUUGUAUAGGUCUUGCCAUUGUGGGUUUCAAAAACACAACGGAAGGUAGAAACAAUAGCAGCCAGGGGGGUUUUGCUUAUGGUUGUCAAAUGGAGAGCAAUGUCAACAAAAAUCUGUGACCCGUUUAAAUUUUGUUUUUACUACAUUGUGUUGAAAUAUUGAUUUACUCUGCAAUGCCAGUGAUAUUUUUUGAACAUCUUAAAUUUAACAUGUGUAGUUAAAGUCUACAUCAGUGCAAUUGUUAAGUAAUUGUAAAUAUCUGUAAAGUCCAGAACAAAAACAGGAAAGCGGUAUAAGUAAAUGGAGAAAUGUUUGCGACUCAGACUUUAGUAGAAGUAGCAAUAGCCUUCUUAAUGAAUACAAUUAAGUGAAAGGUCUAUAAUUUUCUAUUUUUCAUAGACUGAUAUUUUGUGUAACUCAUAGUGGCAGAGGACAUCUAGAUUAAGGCCAUUUUUCAUACAAAAAAGUCGGAGCCAUUUCUGAAUUCUGAAUCACACUUUUACCAAUGUUUUCUAGAUGCAGAGUCUUAAAUCUGAAUUUACAAUUACAAUACUUUGAACUGAACCACAAAAUCCUUAAAAAUAGGCAUUUGAAGACUUUUAGCUGGCCCUGUCAGGCAAAAUACAAAGAAUGUUUUACGUGUAAACUAACUUGCAGUGGACCAAUUGAACUGAUUACAGUGCAUACUUGAGGUUUCCUUAUCACAGAUUUAACAAGGUCUGUAUUUUUUUAAAAUGGAGAGAAUGUAAUUUUUAAAAUGAACACCAAGUCUAAGUAUACUGCAGUACUACAAUACUGAAGAAAUACUAUAUGUACAAGUACAGACAAGCAUCAUAAAUGUUCAUGUUCAGCACAUGCUGGUGAUGGCUACUCACCACAGUGUUGACUAGCUGAUGAAACCGCCAGUUUAUACAGUUUUCCUAACAUAUCUGGUACCUCAUACCUUUAAACUACAUACAGUGGUAUGCUCCUUUUACACUGUAAUGUGCAAUAUUUAUUUCCAAUAUUUGUUGUAAAUAGUCAGUGCAACCUUCAGUUUUGUAUAAUAAUAGUAAGAAUAAAAAAAAAAUAGAGACUGGACUGAUCUUCCUUCUUGUUCCUUAUUUCUGUGUUGUGUAAGAGUGUAAACAUUUU